UACUUCACUUCUUUAGUUUAAGUAAGAAGUCACUUCUUUUAAGCUAACUUAAACGGCCCACUAGCUUUUGUUUCAUGGCUUUUACUUCUUUUCUAAACAUUUUAAUCACUUAUAAGUCUUAACUUGUUUCUAACUUAUACUUCAAUUUUUUUACUUUAAGCAGAAAGCACUUAAGCUCACCCAACCGGCCCCUGUAUUUUUUUAUUUUUUAGGAUAGGUAUUUAAGGUAUCCAAGUGGCUAUAAUGAUAGGACUAAAAUUGUUGGUACUAUAUAGUAUUUGGUUCACCUGGAUUGUGGUUAAAUUAUGCAAACUACAUUCAUUUUGCAAGAUAAUGGAGUUGAAUACUAUUAUUUUGGCUUGCUACAUUUUAAUCUGUACCAUAACAAGGUCCGUGGCAGUUGAUACCAUCAGAAUGCAUCAGAGUUUUCGAGAUGGUGAUACUAUCACAUCAGCAGGUGGAGAGUUUGAACUUGGAUUUUUCAGCCCAGGUAGUUCGACGAAUCGAUAUCUGGGCAUCUGGUACAGGAAAAUAUCCAGAGGGACUGUUGUUUGGGUUGCUAAUAGAGAUGUUCCUCUCAUGAACACCUCAGGCUUAGUGCAGGUCAAUCGCAAGGGAAUUACAUUGCAAUUGGUUGAUAAUAGUACUGGGGUAAUAUGGUCAUCGAAUACGUCUGUAUCAAUGAAGAAUCCUGUUGCACAGCUAUUAGAUACAGGGAAUUUAGUUUUAAGGGAAGGGCAUCCUGAUUUCAACAGCGUAGAAGAUUUUAAAUGGCAGAGCUUUGAUCACCCCGGAGACAAUUUGCUACCUGGCAUGAAACAUGGGAUAGACCUGGUAACUGGUCUGAACAGGAUCUUUUCAUCAUGGAGAAGUGACGUUGAUCCAUCAGUUGGCAGUUUUUCACAUGGACUUGAUCCUAAUGGUUUUCCACAAUAUUUUGUGUCAAAAGAUUCGUUAAUUUGGACGAGGACGGGACUAUGGAAUGGUUAUAAAUUUGGUGGUCUUCCCAACAAGAACCAGAAUGGAAUUUUUAAAGAUGUGUUUGUUUUCAAUGAAAAGGAAAUCUAUUAUAGGUUUCAUCUCAUCAAUACAACUUCUGCUAUAAUGAGGUUCAUACUGACUCCAAGCGGAGAUUCAAAACUUCUUGUGUGGAAUGAUCAGCAACAAAUCUGGAUGGUUUACCUUACUAUGCAGGACAGUGACUGUGAUCAUUAUGGACUAUGCGGUGUAUAUGGAAUAUGCAAGAUCAACAAUACACCAAGAUGUGAAUGCUUGAGAGGAUUUAUUCCGAAAUUUCAAGAGGAGUGGAAAGCAGCUGAUUGGUCUGGUGGAUGCAUCCGCAAAACUGAUCUAGUUUGUGGGAACGACGAAGGCUUUAUGAAAUAUUCUGGUGUGAAGUUACCAGACACACGUCACUCAUGGUAUAACAUGAAAAUGAACCUUCAAGAAUGUGAGAUAUCAUGCCGGAAAAACUGUUCUUGUACAGCUUAUGCAAUUGCAGAUGUCAGAAGAGGUGGACAUGGAUGUAUCUUAUGGUUUUCUGACCUAAUUGAUAUUAGAGACUACACAGUAGAAGGGGAAGAUAUCUACGUAAGAAUGCCAUCGUCUGAAUUAGUAAAAAGCCGAAGCUCCAGAGUAAAGUGGAAAUUAGAGUUCAUUCUCAUUGCUUCAGUACUAGUAGUAGUGCUACUUGGCCGAAUAUUCCUUGUAGCAUGCAAGAAGAGAAAGCUGCAGAAAGAAGAAAAAUUGAAAUUGAAUUUGGAAAGUGUUGCCUUGACCAAAAUUGAGAAUGAAGAUCUGGAGUUGCCAUUAUUUGACUUCCAAAGCAUUGCAAAUGCCACAAGUGACUUCUCACGAGAUAUGAUACUCGGAGAGGGUGGCUUUGGACCUGUAUACAAGGGUAUAUUGACUGAUGGACAAGAAAUAGCAGUGAAAAGGCUUUCAAGAAACUCAAGUCAAGGACUAGAUGAGUUUAAAAAUGAAGUUUCAUGUAUUGCCAAACUUCAACACAGAAAUCUAGUGACGCUUCUUGGUUGCUGCACGGAGAAAGGAGAAAGGAUUUUGAUCUACGAAUAUCUGGCUAACAAAAGUCUAGAUUCAUUCAUUUUUGAUAGUAACGUCAGAAACACAAUGGACUGGCCGAGGCUAUACAACAUAAUAAUUGGCAUUGCUAGGGGACUUCUUUAUCUUCAUCAAGAUUCAAAGCUGAGGAUCAUACACAGAGAUCUCAAAGCCAGUAACAUAUUACUUGAUCAUGAUAUGAAUCCAAAGAUUUCAGACUUUGGCAUGGCAAGAAGUUUCGGAGGAAAUGAAAGUGAAGCAAAAACGUUAAGAGUUGUCGGUACAUAUGGUUACAUGUCCCCGGAGUAUGCUAUUGAUGGACAAUUUUCUGUUAAAUCCGAUGUCUACAGCUUUGGCGUUUUGCUAGUAGAGAUAGCAAGUGGAAUGAAAAACAGAUUAUUCAAUCAUCCUGAUCACAGCUUUAACCUACUUGGGCAUGCAUGGAUAAGUUACAAACAAGGCAAACUGUUGGAACUCAUUGAUGGAGUGAUCUUGGAGCCCAAUAACCAUUAUGAAGCCUUGCGAGUUAUACAAAUUGGAUUACUUUGCGUUCAACAAGAUCCAAAGGACAGGCCAGUCAUGUCAGAGGUAGUUCUGAUGUUGAGCAGUAAUAUGAAGCUGCCGCAUCCUAAGCAACCUGGUUUUUUCAUGGAGAGAGAUUUGUUUGAAGCAGACCAAUUUUUGAGCAACCAAAAUCUGUCAACAUCCAACGAAUUAACAAUGACUACUCUCUUACCUCGACCAUAGUGAUAACACUGUUAUUUAUCCAAAACCUCUUGGUCUAGGGAAAAGCAAGAUUCAUGAGAUGUCAUUGAGCUGGUGCUGUGUUUUAUUCGUCGAGGGAAAUGCAGGGAAGUAAUGCUGUCAUUGAGAAAAUGUAAAAAUUGAUGGCAUAAGUAUCUCUUGGCAAGAUGAAUCUUAUUCAAGGAAUGAUGUAUCUACAAUAAAAAGAUAG